CUCGCCUGGAGGAUGUGUGUGUGUGCGUGUGUGUGCGUGUGUGUGUAUGUGUGCGGAGAGGGAAAAAAAAUCAGUUGCAAUGCGAGAGAGAAAGCAGCAUAAAAAGUAGAGAGCGGUCCGUGUAGUGCGCGCUGCGUAAGAUCAACUUCACCCGAGUUGUGUUUGUGUGCUUCACUUCGCCUGGGUGACUUUGUACUCAGGAGCUACGCUGCAUAUCAACUCAGACAUUCUUACCUUCAGCGACAGGGGGAGAGAAACUAGAACGCUGCUGUUCAGACGCUUUUUAUCAAAAAAACAUUACCUCCGUUGCCUCGUACGUCGUGUCUAAUGGAGGGACCGGUGCGGAUUUGCUGGUUUAAUAAUGUUUUUUGCUGCUAAAGUGUCCGAUUGUCUUCGUUUUCCCUCCAUCAGAAGGUGUGCAUGUGGACGGUGUGUGUGUGUGAGACGCCUGAUUAGUGUCCUGAGGUAAAGCAGCAGCAUGGAAGACAGAGGCCUAAGAGGCCUAAAGGUUCUGUCGAUUGUACUGUGCAUUUGCCAGACCCUUCUUUUCAACUGCCCUUUUGCAUUAUCUCUCUUAUUCCACACACAACCAGCCUCUGUGGUCCAGAAGCAGGGUAGCACUGUUCACCUGCACUGUUUGGUUCAUCCCACCUCAGCCACAGUCUCCUGGUUGUUCCAGGGUCGUGCCCUAGAGCCGGGGUCGAUACCUGGGGUGGAGGUUCAACCUGACAGAAUCUCUGUGCUCUCUCUUCAGCCACAAAACACCGGCACUUACCAGUGUUUGGCACACUCAGACACAGGUUCCAUCACUAGCCAGUGGGCACGGGUAACCAUCGCAGAUAUUAAAGAGUUUGGACAGACCCAGCGGCGGUCUUUAGUAGAAAAAGAAGGGAACACUGCUGUUAUUGAGUGCCAACUACCUCGGAGUAAUCCCCCAGCUUUGCCACGUUACAGAAUACGGGGAAAAUGGCUGGAGGAGUCUACAGAUGAAUAUUUAAUCAUUCCUUCUGGAAACCUUCAUAUAGUCUCUGUUUCUACAGAGCAUCAGGGCAUGUAUAAAUGUGGAGCUUAUAAUCCUGUUACCAGAGAGGUCAAGGUUGAGCCCUAUGGCACUAAGCUCUUAGUGAAAAAUUCAGAUGGUCCUUCCCCUGUGGGGAUAGUAUAUCCAGUCAACUCUGUCAGCUUGGCAGUGGAACAGUCCAUGUCCUUGGUUCUGGAAUGUGUAGUAUCAGGAAAUCCCUCUCCUGUUGUUAAAUGGAUGAAGGAUGGCCAAGAGCUGCCUCUUGCUCCCAGACUGAGACUUCUGCAUAGUAAUCUGGUGCUGAAUGAUGUUCAGAUAAGUGACGGAGGAAAUUACACUUGCUUUGUUCAAGCAGAGGAAGGUGUUGUGGCCAGUGCCAACUAUACUGUAGAUGUGCUUGGACCUCCUGUUAUAAUAAGAGGUCUGAGUGACCAGACUGUGAAAUCUGGUUCAUUUGUGCAAUUCAAUUGUGCCACCUCUGGAAAUCCUGUUCCUAACAUCACCUGGCUCUUCAACUCUUCUCCAGUUUUAUCCUCACCACGACUACAGAUUUCAAACUCCACCCUGCAUAUUUCCUCUGUCACUGCCCAGGACCAGGGCAUGUACCAGUGUGUCCUAGACAAUAGGAUUGGCUGUGCACAAUCGGCUGCCAGACUUAACAUUCAAUUGGAACCUCAGUCCUUUUCCACCACCAUUGCUGCUACUAUGGCCACACAACCAACUGCCCAUCCAGUUCAGAAUGAUGAAGGUGAGGGGCUGUUCCUGCCUUCUGAGGAUGUUCUUGCCAAUCGUGAUGCCAAAGGUUCAUUCCAAGAGAGGGCCAGUGAUGAACCCACUCCAGAGGCUCCAAUCAUUAUUAGUCCACCACAAACCCACAGACCCAACGCAUAUGAACUAGAGUGGCGCCCAGGGCGAGACUGGGGAAGACCAAUCAACGCCUACUUUGUUAAAUAUCGCAAGGUGGAUGAGAUGGGCAACGUGGUGGGCAGUUGGCACACAGUACGAGUUCCAGGUAGUGAAAGGAGCCUCCCCCUUUCAGACCUGGAGCCAUCCAGUCUGUAUGAGGUCCUGAUGGUAGCACGAAGCAGUGCUGGUGAGGGCCAGCCUGCCAUGCUUACCUUUCGAACAGGAAAGGAGAAGAGCUCAUCCUCCAAUAAGAAUCCCUCUAAGGCCCCAUUUGUGUCUUUACCUGAGAAACCCCCUGAAGACGAAAAGAAAACCAGCAACACACACUAUGGAGUGGUCAUCCCUGACAGAGUUCCUGAGGCCCCAGAUCGGCCAACCAUCUCAAUGGCAUCAGAGAAUUCGGUUUACGUCACAUGGAUCCCGCGGGCCAAUGGUGGUUCUCCGAUCACAGCUUUCCGUGUAGAGUUCAGGAAGGGCCGUAAUGUGGAUUGGCUAGUAGCUGAUGAUAACAUCUCACCUCUCAAGCUGUCUGUGGAAGUGCGCAACUUAGAAGGAGGUUCCACGUACCGUUUCCGUGUCAUUGCCAUAAACAACUAUGGGGAGAGUCCCCACAGCGCCACCUCCAGGCCAUACCAAGUGGCGACGACGAGUUCAACUGUGUCCAACCGUCCCGUAGCUGGCCCUCACAUUUCUUCUACUGAUGCUGUCAGUGACACACAGAUCAUGGUGCGAUGGACUUACACCACUUCCAGUAACAACAACACCCCCAUCCAGGGCUUCUACAUCUACUAUCGACCGACAGACAGUGACAAUGAUGGUGAUUAUAAAAAAGAUGUAAUAGAAGGCAUCAAGCGCUGGCACAUGAUUGGUCAGCUUCAACCCGAGACGUCAUACGACAUCAAGAUGCAAUGCUAUAACGAUGCUGGAGAAAGCGAAUACAGCAACGUGAUGAUUUGUGAAACUAAAGCACGUCAGCCUCCAGGUAUUCCCAGUCAGCGGCCCUUCACUCCACCAGCCGUGUACCCACCCAGUUCAACCUCCUCAGCAGGUGGCGUAUUGUACCUGAUUGUGGGCUGUAUUUUGGGUGUCAUGGUGCUCAUCUUGCUCAUCUUCAUCAUCAUGUGCCUUUGGAGAAACCGCCAGCAGCACAGCAUGCACAAGUACAACCCUCCUGGUUACCUGUACCAGUCUGCUGAGAUGAACGGACACAUUAUGGAGUACACAACCUUAUCUGGCUCCAGCCAACUCAACGGCAGCUUGCAUGGUAGCUACGGGAACAGUGGGUCCGUCAUGCCACAGGGUUGCCAUCACCUCCACCAUAAAAUCCCUAAUGGUCUAACACUAUUAAAUGGUUCAGGCCCUCUCUACAGUCUGGGACAUUCCCACACACAUGACACACCUCUUCCACACAGCACCAUGGACUUUGAGCAUACACACCCUCACCAUAUGCACAGUCGAGGAAACAUGUACACAUCUGUACCCCAGACGGAUUCUUCUGACUGCAUGAACUGCCAGAACUUCUGUAACAACAACAGGUGUUACACAAAAGCCAAUGGCAAUUUCUCAGGUGGCAUAAAGCACCACAUGGUACCUUGCCAGCUUGAUGGUCUCGAGAUGGUCCCACUGAACCAUGGCUCACUCCUGUGCCAUAGUAAUGACAACUCAGCACCCCAGGGGAUUUGCGAGGCGGUGGAUGUUAUCAGAGAGCAGAUGCAGGUAAACUUGGACUCAUCCCAGAAUUUAAAAAGUGGAACUGUACAAGAAGUGCCAGGCAUCAACAGCGGAGAUUCACUACAGUGUCUGAACUCAGGCGAGCCACUGAUGCACUUGGAGAGACUGGACCUAUCUGAUUUGGACUGCAAAGAAAAAAACGUUUGGAUCUCCACUGCAAGUCUAAAUGGAGACCUGAUCCACCCUACAACACAGGAGAUCUGAACUGACAAACACACAAAAACAAUCAACACACAAAAACACACACACAAUCAUGCAUAUACUUACACAAGAACAGCAGACAAUGAAGAAACGUGAAAAAUGUAUUCAGAGAAAAAGAAACAGCCAGCGCUGAAAUGCUCAGGCUUUACCUGAAGGACACUGUGCUGGAUGUGAAUGAGGGAGGAAUGGGGGAGGGGGUAAGCACAGAAGAAUGGACUUUGGAAGUGCUAUGUCUCUUUUCCAUCUGUGCAAAGGACUUUAAAAAAAAAAAAAAGAAAGAAAGAAAGAAAAACUCUUUAGAUGGCUUAUUUAUUUUUUGUAUUAGUAAAAUAUUCUUUCAUAUGAAUGUAUCUGUUUUAAGAAAAAAAGUUAGUCUUUUAUAUUAUUUAUGCAUUUUGGAUGAAAUACUUUUUGUUGUUGUUUUUAGUUUUCCACACAUUCCACAGUGUGGAGUACAGCCAUUGUAUGUGUAAAGUUGUGUAAUAAUAUAAAGAAGAUACGGUAGAUAGUGUA